GUGUGUUCAUGUAAAGGAAGCAGGAGGAGAGGAGGGGCGCAAAUUGGACAAGUUUGGGGGGAGAGAAGAGACUUUCAGAAAACAGCCACACACACACUCACACUCUGAUCCCUGGCGGACCCGCACGGAUAUCCCAACACGAGAGACGUCAAGGUUUUUCCCCGAUUCCCGGUACAUGGGAUGGUUUAACUGCAUACGCUCACAGUGGGACCGACUGUCGCGUCCCCGCGUGCAGAGCGCCGCGUCCCCGCGUGCAGAGCGCCCCCCCGCUGCCGCCUCCGUCUCCUCGUGAAUCAUGUCCCGCCGGAAGCAGAAGCGACCCCAGCAGCUUGUGAACGCGGACCCAGGGGGCACGAGGCUGCUCUCUCACGACGACCACCUCGCGGUGAAGUCUCCCUCCACGUCGCUGGGCUCUGAGUUCACCUCCUCCGGCUCCUCCUCGUCCUCGCCCACCUCGCUGCAGGACUGCCAGCCCCCCCUGGCCCCGCGCCCGUCGCCCGGGGGGCUCCACGCGCCCUCCCUCCCCAGCGAGAGCUCGCCCCCGCCCCACUGGCCCAGCCACAUCGUCCCCUACACCACCUCCCUCCCCAACACGCACUCCUCCCUCUCGCCCGACUUCCCUCACCCGUCGCUCUCCUCCCAGACGCGCUCCCCCCCCCUCCUGCUGGCGCAGACCACCCUCCCCCACUCGCUGCACCAGGGCCGCCCCCCCGCCGCCAUGACCUCCCCGACCAUGGGCAGCUCGGCCACCGCCACCACCACCUCCUCCUCCUCCUCCUCCUCCUCCUCGCACUGCGUGCCCCAGCACGGGGGCCUGGGGGGGCACAUGGGGGCGCCCCCCACCCUGGCCGUGCUGCUGGAGGAGCUGCGGGUGCUGCAGCAGCGGCAGAUCCACCAGAUGCAGAUGACGGAGGAGAUCUGCCGCCACGUGCUGCGGCUGGGCAGCGCCGUCUUCUCCCAGGACCACUCCCAGCAGGGGGGCGGCACCGACGGCCACCACAAGGCCUCCGGGGCCGAGACCCCGUCCCCCACCCACCCCGCGCCCGGCCUGGCCGCGGGCUCGGCCUCCGGCCUGCUGACGGGGCUGCCCUCCCUCUUCCCCCAGGGGCUGGACUCCUCCAAGCUGAGCCUGUCCCAGUCCCUGGGCGGCAGGGCCCUCCCCCCGUCCCCCUUCUCCUCCUCCUGCUCCCCCUCCAUCACCUCCAGCGUCAGCUCCUCCGUCUCCUCGCUCCACCCUCUGUCGCUGGGCCUCCCGCCGCGCUACCUCCACGAGAAGCCGGCCAACGCCUCCUCGCCGUUCGGACACGCCAACGGGCUGGGCUUCCCCGCGGGGCCGCCCCCGCCGCCCGCCAACGGCGCCCAGGACCCCCUGGGGCCCGGCUCCUCGCUGGGCCGGGCGCAGCACGCCUGCCGCUUCUGCGGGAAGGUGCUGAGCAGCGACUCGUCGCUGCAGAUCCACCUGCGCUCGCACACGGGCGAGCGGCCGUACCAAUGCCCCGUCUGCUUCAGCCGCUUCACCACGCGCGGCAACCUCAAGGCGCACUUCCUGCGGCACCGCGAGCAGAACCCCGAGCUGUCGCUGUCCCUGCUGCCCCCGGCGCUGGCGGACAUGCCCGGCCCGACGCCACCGCCGCCACCGCCUAGCUCCUCCUCCUCCUCCUCCCAGAGACGCAGGAAGCGUCGCGCCGAAGAGGAAGAGCCCUUCGGCGGCGUGAAGGGCAUGACGGAGAGCAUGGCGCUGGGCUUCCUGUCGCCCCACCCCUCGCCCUCCUCCCUGCCGCUGCCGCCGUCGGUGGACAUGGCGCUGCUGUCCACCGCCCACUCGCUGCUGCAGCUCAACCGCGCCUCGGCGGCGGCGGCGGCCGCCAGCGCGUCGGGCGCGGGGCUGACCGCCACCUCCUCCUCCUCCUCCUCGCCGAUGAACGGCCAGGCCAAGGGCGCCAAGCUGCAGCGCUUCGACGAGAACACGCCCCCGGGCUCGGCGCUGCACGCCGCCUCGCCCUACUCCCAGCUCGCCUCCCACCUCCCCAAGAUCCUGUUCCCCGGCGGGGCGGCCCCCCACCACCUGGCCCUGCUGCGGCCCCCCGGCCACCCGGCCGCCGCCCACAUGGCCUCCCCCCACCAGCUGCCCUUCCCCUUCCCGCCCUUCCCCAAGCCGUCCACCGCCUCCCCGUCGCCCACCUCCUCCUCCCCCACCUCGGACACCUCCAAGCUGCAGCGGCUGGUGCAGAAGCUGGAGAAGCAGCCGCGGGGGGCCGUGUCCUCGGGGCCCCCGCCCGCCGCCUCCACCUCCUCCAUGAUCUUCAGCCAGGCGGCGCUCCACGCCGACGCCUACGGCCACGACCUGAGCUCCACCUCCAACGCCUACCGCCGGGAGAUGCUGGCCGCGCUGGGCCUCAGCCCCAACACAGGCGCCCUGAUGGGGGCCGCCACCUCCACCACCUUCACGGCCCCCCUGCUGCCGGCGCCGCUGGCGGCCAACCAGUGCGGCGUCUGUCUGCGCGUGCUGAGCUGCCCGCGGGCGCUGCGGCUGCACGCCGCCACCCACCUGGGCGAGCGGCCCCACCCCUGCAAGCUGUGUGGCCGCUCCUUCUCCACCAAGGGCAGCCUGCGGGCCCACCUGGCCACGCACCGCGCCCGGCCCCCCAACGCCCGCGCCCAGAACUCCUGCCCGCUCUGCCCCCGCAAGUUCACCAACGCCCUGGUGCUGCAGCACCACAUCCGGCUGCACCUGGGGGGGCAGAUCCCCCCGGAGGAGGACGCGCCCCCCGAGGCCCUGCCCCCCCCGGAGGCCGCCCAGCUCCUCCCCCUGGCGCUCACCGUGAGCAGCGCCGCCAAGUCGGCCGCCGCCAACGGCCCCGUCUCUGGCUCCGCCCCCAGGCCCCCGCCCCCCCCCGCCGCUCCCGUCUCGGUGAAGAUGGAGGAGACGGAGGCCGCCGCCCCCAGCGCCAGCCCCCCGCCCCCGGCCCGGGACCCCCCCCCGGCGUGGGCCCCCGAGGACCCCCUGCCCCCGGCCGCCGCCCCCCCGGUGGGCGGCGGCCCCUUGACCGGCGCCGUAUCCUCGGAGGAGACCGGCCCCCCGGCCCGGGGCCCCCCCGGCCCUCUGAAGGCCCCCGCUGGGCCCCUCGCCAACGGCCCCCCCGGGCCGACCGCACCCCCCCCCGCCGCCGCCGCCGAUGCCCCGCCGCCCGGCACGGGCCCCGAGCCAGACCCCCCGGCCGCCAGCGCCUCGCCCGCCCCCUCGCCCCCCACCAGCCCCAAGCCGGCCCCCCCGUCGGAAGAGGCCUCGGAGGAGGGGGGGCCGGACCCCGCCCCCCAGACCAAAGGGGAGGAGCCCGGGGAAGCGGCAGCCGAUCCGCCGCAGGAGGAGGAGCCUGUGACGAAGGAGGAGGAGUCCGGCGCCCCCGAGCCGCCCCCGGCCCCGCCCCCGGCCGCGCCCGCCCGGCCGGACAAACCCUACAGCUGCUCCCAGUGCGGGAAGGCGUACGCCAGCCGCAGCGGGCUCAAGGGCCACAUGAAGACUCACCCUGCAUCCACCAUCACCACGCCCUCCAAGGCUCCGACCAAUGGCAGCGAGGCAGCGGAGGGAAACGGCUCGGCCAAUAAGGUCGAGCAGGAGGACGGCCCGGGAUUGGCCAAAAGCUCUGAGAAGGACACUCCCCCAAUCAGUGUGGCGACCAAUGAGGAAGAGGAGAAGCUUAUGGAUACUACUGUGUAGAGAUGAUGAGAUUAUCGCUGGUGGCCUGUUGUCUGAGGGCCGUGACAAGGGAAUGUAACUCGUUUGGUUUUCUUCUAUGACAUUAUUUUUUUCUAGAGCUUAAUUCUUCUUGUAUAUUUUGUUUUGCGGUAGUCCUAUAGAUCCACUCUCAGUGUGUGACGCGCUACUUUGGUGCCGACUCAAGUUGGCGACGUUAUUUUUGUUCUCGGCGAGGCCUUACGUCCCAUGGUUCAGUAUUCGGGAGCUCACGACUUCUGCGUCUGUGCUUUUCUAUUUCUUGAACAAAUGUUAUCCAGGACCGAUGCGUACAGCAAAGGGCUGCUGUAGAAACGAGAUUGUUACAGCCAGAGGCGCCGAGGACCUUGGUUUUCUCGCGUCCGGAGUCGAUUCUCGUUCCUCCUGCGUGAGGAAAUGGCCGCCAGGUGGCGGGAGAAAUGUAAAAAAAAUAAGAAAAGGGGAUUCUGGACGGCGCUCAUCCUGCUGCCUGAUCGACUGGGCUAAAAACUGUUAUUUGUUAACACAAGUAUUUUCUUUUGAAAACAAUUGUAUUUUCACUGCUGUAAUGUUUCUCGACCUGCAGUAAUAAAGAAGACCACUACAAUAGUGAGCAAUA